GCCGCUGUUACCAAACGGAUGAAAACAGAACGAAAGGAAGAAACAAGGGACACGUGCCAGAUAACAGUAACACGUCCAACGUGGGAACGUCAGACAGUGAAAACGGGGCAUCAGAGAGCCUCAUACCGCAGUGGCCUUCCCCCUCAAGGAUAUCUGCGUGUCUAUAUUCCAAGGUGCAGGUUCUCCAUCCUGCCGCCAUUAUCGCGUGAUAAGGAAAAACAAAAGGGACCUCGGAAGGGCGGGAGUAGUGAAAAAAAAAAGAAGAGAAAAGAGAAAGGAAGCGAAUUGAGGAGAAAGAGAGAGCAAAGGCGUCCCGUAUUGCGUAGUAAGCGCUUGAAUGGAUUACGUCACGGCGCGGCAGGCAGACAAGAGGGUAAAAUCGUCGCGUCAGACACACACGGUCUGGCAGGGCGUUUUGCAUCGAGGACUUCGGCCCCGACCUCGGCCGUUUUGUUUUCCGGUCACCAAUGGGGUCCCCGACGUCCGCACGCACUACCGCCACCAUAUCAAAACUCUACACUGCCGUGUGCGCAGCAUCGUUUACCGUUUGCGCAUAUUCGUGUGACAGGAUGCCGUUUUCCACCGGGAUUCUCGUGCACCUUCGCCAUCGGCCGAGGAACGAUCGAUCGCCAAGAUACACGCGGAUUUCCCUUGCGUCGUUGAACGCGUCAACGCGAACCC